AUGGUGGAUUUUAUGUUUACAUCAUCAUCACUGAUAGCAAGUUUAUUAUGUAUAAUUCCAGGAAUUUUUCAUAUUCAAACACGUAAUUGGGGUGCAAUAUUUAUGACAUUUUGGGUCCUUUGCACGAAUCUUAUAAAUUUUACGAAUUCAUUAUUAUGGGCAAAUGAUUUAGAAGAUAAAGCCAGAAUUUAUUGUUUAAUUUCCACACCAUUAUAUGUUGGUAGUAGUUGGGGAUUAUUAUCAUCAAUUGCUUGUAUGAUACAUACUUUAUAUACUUAUGUGGCGAAUCCAAUUAUUUUAUCGGAAAGAGUUAAGAAACGUCAAAUGAUUAGAGAUACAAUUGUUUCAAUAAUAUUACCUGUAAUUGGUGUGGGACUUAAUUAUUUAGUACAAACUAAUAUUUAUGGUAUUAGACCUGUAUUAGGUUGUUUUGCUCCAGCACAUAAAGAUUGGGUAUUUAUUUUCGUUAAUGCUAUAUGGCCUGUAAUUAUUUCUGGAACUGGAUGUUAUUAUGCUGCUAGAACAUCUUAUGCAAUCAUCAAAAAACGUCUAGAAAUAAAAAGUCUUCUUAGAAUCAAUGAAUCCGGUUUAAAUACUGCCAAAUUUUAUCGUCUCGUAUUUUUCUGUAUCACAUUCCUUCUACUCUCAUUCCCUUCCUCUUUACUCAUAUUAUUCAGUAAUCUUACACUUUCUUUACAACCCUAUAAUUUUAAACAAGUUCAUGAAAAUUUUUGGAAGGUUGAAUUUUUUACUGGUGAUAAUUUAGGUGUAUCAUUCUUUGAUUACUCUAAACCUUUAGUAGGAUUCUUUGUCUUCUUAUUUUUUGGUACAGGUCAAGAUGCUUUAGCUACAUAUGCGAGAUGGGCGAGAGUUUGUAAAUUGGAUUUAUGUUUUAACUGUUUGAAGGUCAAAGAAUCUAAUGAUAAUAUGAGUGAAUAUCAUAGUAAACAAGCCAAAUUUGAUUUAACUAGUGGAUUAAAAUUUAAAAUUAAUGGAUUAAAUACGAUUACCAAUGAUAAUUCAGAUUAUGAUGAUUUAGAUUUAAAUGAUGACUUUUAUCAAAAACGUGAUUUAAAUGAUACAGCAACUUUCG